AUGUCUACUCGGACGCGACAGCUAGACUGGACCGGAGGGUUCAACGCAGACGAUGCCACAUUCGCAAGAUUGCUGCAGUCUGAGUAUGACGCCCACAAGCACAAGAACCGCUAUGUGAGGGUAGAGCUCGCCAAAAUGCGAUUUGAGGGUGAAUGGUGA